AUGAGUACUGAUCAAUGUCAAACCAACGAGGUAAACAAGUUUGUUAGUAGAGCAGAGAAAAACGCUCUUUCAAGCAGAAAGAAUACGCCUUCUUUUAAAACAACUAGAAGCAUACAGAAUCGGCCACGGACUUUCAACAACAGAAUAGAAGAGAAAUUUUUGCAGCAUCCAGAAAGUUUUAACCGACCAUUUUCCUAUAUGAAUGUCCAUCCUAGGGCUUUGGAAGACCAGAAUCUAGAGUUGGCAACGUUAAAAUCAAACAAUAAUAAAACUUCCUGGGCCAAGGAUUUCAGAUACAACCACUCUAAAGACGUAGAAUUACCUAUCGAAAACCAGCUAACAAAUCUUAACCUAGGCAAAGAACUGCACAAGCCUAAAAUGGGGCUGGACCCCUGCUUUUAUUCGCCCAAAAUCUUUAGCAUGCCUUCUUUUCCCCUAAUUGAUCAUGAAGUACCCAAAACAAGGAGUUUACAACUUCCUGUUAGCAGUCACAUUGAUUCUUUAAUCAAUGCUGAGUUUUUGGAAAUGGAAGGCAGUAGUUUCAAUGAAGAAAUCCACGUAGAAGAGAAAAGUUCAGCUGGGGAACUAGAAAAUGAAGAAGCCGUCAUAAAAGGUUUGGCUUCUGAUAUAGUCGAGUUUUGCAGUAACAAUAGUGCCGAUGCAGAUAUAAAAGAAAGACUAAAUAGUUCAAAAUUCAUGGGACUGAUGGGUGAUAUCAGCGAUGGUUCUAUAAUUUUGAAGAAAGAGGAAGAUGAAGAGAAAAAUCUUCAAAAACACGUUGGCUUCUGCUUUGAGGGUACAGGAAGUUGGGCAGGUCCUGAAUUUCAUAAUGUUAAUGACAGAUGUGCACAGUGA